GGCCUUAUCCAGGAAGUAGAAAAACAUCAACAAUCUUCCAGGGUUAGGGCGAAGUGUCAGGUAGCAAAGCAACCGUAAGAGACACUCAAGCUUCAUUUUCUCGGAUAUUUAGAAGGCUUUUUUAUAUUUAGGGUAUUAUAACGUUCUUAGACAUGUCGUUGAUAAGUAAACUAUUUGGAGGUGGAGGAAAAGGGGGGAAAGGACCGAGUCCACAGGAGGCGAUCCAGAAACUCCGAGAGACGGAGGAGAUGCUAACGAAGAAACAGGAAUUUUUAGAGAAAAAGAUCGAACAGGAACUACAAAUCGCCAAGAAAAACGGCACAAAAAACAAAAGAGCGGCUCUGCAAGCUUUGAAAAGAAAGAAGCGCUACGAAAAGCAGCUCGCUCAGAUCGAUGGCACGCUGUCAACCAUCGAGUUCCAGAGGGAGGCUCUGGAGAAUGCCAACACCAACACUGAAGUGCUCAAGAAUAUGGGCUUCGCUGCCAAGGCCAUGAAGUCUGCCCAUGAAAACAUGGACAUCGAUAAGGUAGACGACCUAAUGCAGGACAUCACAGAACAGCAAGAACUGGCACAAGAAAUCUCUGACGCCAUUUCUAAACCCGUCGGCUUUGGAGAGGAGUUUGAUGAGGAUGAGCUGUUGGCUGAACUGGAUGAGCUGGAACAGGAGGAGCUGGACAAAAACCUGCUGGAGAUCGGGGGACCAGAGACCACCCCCCUGCCCAAUGUGCCUUCUACUUCAUUACCUUCCAGACCUGAAGCCAAGAAAGAGGAGGAUGAGGACGACAUCGAGGACCUGCAGCGCUGGGCGAUGGAAGCCAUGUAAACAACGCUGCAUCCACCACUUCAUACUUGCAUCAUGGAGGAAAGAAGAAGGGAUGAAUGGACUGAUAGGGUGUUGUGUGUGUGAGUGAGUGUUUUUGUGUGUGAGUGGAGAGCUGACUUCAUGUAACACUACAAAAAAGCAAAAAUGCUGUAGUCUUCUUUUUCAUUUCUGUCCUUUUCACAAAUCCUUAAGACACCCAGAUGCUCAGUGCAAAGCGUUUCUCCUUCGAAGCUCUCGCUGCACUUUCACCAGAUAUUUUUACCCUUGAGUUUACUCCAAUGCUAGCACUUCAUGGUCCUCUCUGAGUGGCCAGUGGGUUCAUGUUGAAGACCUCGGGUGUUGGGUGUUACAGGCUCAGUGGCGUUGUUUAUGUCACUUGAUGACACAGGAAUUUAAACGUCAAAAGAUCUGUUUUUGCCUCACAUAUUUACCUGUAUUUGUGGCGUUAAAAAUGUUUGUUUUCUUCUUCUUUCUUGACAAAAGUAACAAUCCUCUUCUCCCUGUUUUGUUAACUGAGAAAAGCUGACGCAUGCACUGGCUGAAGAAGCUAUGAGCUGAGAUUUCAAACCUCCUCUUUUUGUUUUACGCUACGUGCUUUGUCCUCCUUUUUCACCUUACUGUUGCUCUUUCAGCAAUGUCUCCCUUCCCCUGAAACCGGUCUCACCAGUGGUUCUAGUUAUUUGGUGUAAAUAUCCCAAAUGUGUCUCUUUUUAUAUAAUGUAUUUCUGCCAUCACAGAGAGGUUUUGUUGAGUUUUGGAAGCAUGCAACAGUGGGAAGUCGCAAAACAGAUCACAACGCACGGCUAGAAGAAGAGAGAUGUUUAACCUAACACUUUCAUCCUGCUCUGUCUGUCUCAGUCCUUCAUAUAAAGGUUUUUGUUUUGAACUGUAUAAUGUUUAAAAAAUAAUAAUAAUAAUAAUAAACUAUUGUCACACCUUAAUAACUGCAUCCAAGAGGGAGAUGGUGUUUAUAAAAGAUUAGAUUAUAGUCAAUCUACAACGUUUUGGAGUUUAAAGAAUUAAUUUUAGUUUUUCAAAGUCAUGAUGUACAUUUUUUACAUCGGGGAUAAAAAAAACAACAUGAGGACAGAUGGACAAGCAUGUUUGCAUUUCUAUGUUUUAUUUAUCCAGAUGAGAAUAUUAUUUGCAAAAUCAUUAAAAGUUUUCAAUUCUUUUAUUGUAA